GACAUGAUGCUUACAAGCAAGGUCAAAAAACUAAAAGAGAAAAAUAUGAUUUAAAAAGUAAAUCUUUAGAAGCGGCUAGGGAGGAUAACAAGCAAGCCCAAAUCGAAGAAAAUGAGUGGAAAAAGAAAUAUGAUGAUAUAGCAAAGAGAGAAGAAAAAAGAAAUCAAGAAGUAAAAAACAUUCAGGAAAAGUUAAAAGAUCCCAAUCUCUCUGAUAAGAAAAGAGGUGAACUAGAAGAAAGAUUAACCAGCCUUUUAGCCCAGCAAGAUGAAGACAAAAAAGAAAAGGAUAAAAUUAUGACCAAGUUAAAGCAAUUAGGAGAUAGGAUAAAAAAUAAUAACAAAAUAAUCUCAGGCGUGGGACUAAAUACUGAUGAAAAACACUGA